CUGUUUCUCCUGUUUUACAUGUCAGGGAUGUUGAGAAUCUCAGCGCUGUUUCAUCUGGUUUUAAGUUAGCAUGAAUCAGUAGUUUGUGGGUUUCUAUUGGAGAACUUGUCUCGGUUGCUUCACUCUGGAUCUCACCGCUCUGUUUAUAACGGUCACGUGAUGGACAGCGGUCAGUAUUUACUCUGAGCUCGCGCUGCGCUUUCUUCCGGUUUCGUUGUGCGGUUUCGUUCCGCAUUUGUCGUUUAAAUGCUUCUCAUACACAACACAGAAGGCACCUGUUCGAUCGCUAACACACUUAAGUCUCACUAGAACAAAGGAAAUAAAACUUGCAAAAUGCGACCUACUAGUAACAGUCUGGUUUGAUAUCUUCUCUGACAUCGAAUGCAGACUUGUGGAGCAUAUUGUUUUACCGAAAACAAAAGAAAGGACAGAGUUACACUUAAAGCGUUUUAUAAACGAACUGUUUGUUUUACAAUGAAAUUGACCAACACAAAACCCGUCUCGCUCUUCACACUGAUACUGCUAUUUCACACUGUCCAAGCAGAAGCUUCUUAUGAUGAUAUUGAUGAAGUGAGGAUCCUGGUUGUGGGAAUCAGAGGUCAGUCCAGAUUCAGUGCUGCAGAUCUUCUGUCAGGAAGGAAAGACGGAGGACAGGAGGACAGAGAAAUUGUAAAGACUCCAGUAAUUACAGACGGGGCUCGUAGAAUGAUGCUGGUCACUGGACCAAACCUCUGUGAGGAGGACGCAGCGAGACAGACCUUCACAACAGCGCUGUUUCUCUCGUCUCCUGGACCUCACGCCGUUUUAAUGCUCCUGAAUCUGGAAGAUCAACAAUCACAACAGUGUGAUAUUGAGAAACGAGCCCAGGAGCUGCUGGGAGCAGAAGUCCUGCAGUACUGCAUUGUUCUUCUGCUCCAAAAUCACCAGGAACCUUUGACAGGAGCGUCCAGAGGGAUUGCUGGAGAAAUGAUCAACGCAUGUGGAGGAAGAUUUCACAUCAUAAGAGAUUCUGAACCAAAACCUGCUCAAAGAGCAGCUAUCAUAGCGGAAAUAGACAAGUUAGUUUGGCUCAAUGAUCACAGAUUUCACUCUGUAUUGAGACAACAGUUAGAAGCUGAACGGCUUGAGCUUUUGAAAAGACUAAGUGAAAUAGAUGGCAAACUUGGAGAAAGUAAGGUCUCAUCUGCAAUGCGUGACAAUUUCGGAGUGGUCGGAUGGAGUCUGAUAAUUUUACUCAUUGCAUUUGUUUUGGUUACUGAACAGAAGCGCACAGUUUGUGGCAGCCCUUACAAACUAUCUACCAGUGUUCAAAUCAACUGA